AAUGAACGUUGGUGCUGGUCUCACCAGGUUCAGUUGCUACAGAAGUUCGAUCUGAAGCAGAGAAGGCUGACUACAGGUGUUGGUCUAGUGGCCUGUGCAACUGCAACCGCAGCUGUUCACCUACCCCGUACUUUAGAAUGACAAUAUGAAUCCCAACCAUUCAUACAACUACUCACAGUCAUCUCCAGGCCCGCCACAACCUCCCUGGCAAGCUCCUCCUCGCAAGUCUGGAUGGGCAGAUCCGAGACUCCAGCCUCAAGCGCCUUUAUCGCCACAAAAUCCGAACUUCCACGCCUUCGGUCCUCCUCUCCCUCCGCCGCCUGACCCCGGCCAGCACCCGCCGACGCACUUCGAGACGUCUUCCUGGGGUGUCCCCUACUAUCAAUCGACAGUAUCGCAAAGUCAAGAAUCAAGACCACCGCUGCCACCCCGUCCACCGAGCGCAACUGGCCGCAUAAGUCCGCAGCCUGGACAUGCUCCGGCGUUCGGAACCCAACAGCAGCCUCCCAUACAAGCUCAAGCGCAGGCAGCAUCACACCAAUAUGGGACAUCAUGGGGCGAUCCAUACCAGUCAGGACAGCCAGCCCAGGACUCUACGCUGUCUGCAGCCGCUCCGGUCCCUCCGCCUCCUCCACCACGUCCAGCGGCAUAUCAAGCCGAGAUAGAGUCCUACCACAAUCGAGUCAAUACUCCCCAUAAUGAAUACUCCCACAAGCCUCCUACACAUCAUUAUGAACCCCAGCAGCAGAACACAUGGAAUACACCAAAUGUCCCUGCGCCUGUGCCGUCUUACUAUCCAUCUGCACCGGCACCACAUCAGGUUGCAGGGGCCCAUGAUGGAUAUCUGGUGUCCCCCAUAGAAGCAAGCAAUGGUCAAUGGAAUCAUCAAGCGAGGCCUAAUCCAGCCCCGGUAGCUGGCAGUAACCAGAUCUCCCAACCGCAAGUGUUGGGUUUUGGGGGGCCUUCAGAUUGGGAACACUAUGAACCUGGAGUCCCCCCGGAACAGACGCCCACCAGUCCUCAUCACCCUCAAGUUGGAGGUCCAUCCCAAUAUCAUGCCCCUGUCUCCCCGCCUACAGCAUCUGCAGUACCUCCUACAUCCCAGACACCAAUGCCUGUGCCGUCUCCUACACCACCACCGGUGGAGAUUGGUAUUGCAAGCCCUGUGUCAGCAAGGCGAGGGUCACACCAACAAUCGCCAAAGUAUCAGGUGGAGUGGUCUCAACCAUCAGAACACGAUAGACCUUCAUCUGCGAGCGGCCAUCGUGUUACUGUCUCUGGACGUUCUGAUAGCUCGAAUAGUUCUGGAAACAUUGACAGUGUCAUUCACGCAUGGACAACGCCGUUGAGGGUCAAGUCUGGGAUGGAUCCAUCUUCCCGGCCCGAAUCGCGGAACUCUGCUGCUUCACCAGGACCUGGUAGAGACGAGCGUGUUGCUGAUCCAUACGCAGACCUGGCACCAGAGUUCAAAGCGUCAUUGAAACGAUAUGCCACUAUGUUACGGAAGGAGGCGGCUGCAGACUCUGAUGAAGAGAAGUACGAGAUUUUUGAAGCAUUUGUGUCGAAAGAGCUGCGUCUGAGGAGCCUUCUAUACGGCGUGGAACUCAGAAAAGCCACCAAAGAUGUGACAAAGGCUGCUAAUCCUGUUGACAUUCAAGCGGCACUGCCCAAACCCAUACAGGAUCAUACAAAUCCUACUACGGCGACCGGUUCCGAUAUUUCUGCUCAGCCAGCAAAGACGGCGACAGCGGAAGGCAUUGUCAUGAAGCCACCACAGGUAAGUGAAGAACGCAAACAGUCUGUUUUUACGACAGCGAUUGCCACUUCAAACCUUGCAGCGUCUUCUCCAGUUGCUUCAGGUGCUGGGGACGACGAAGCAUACAGUCCUGGCGGUCGUCCCAAAGUUGGUAAAGCUGCUGUAGCACCUCCGCCUGUUAGUGCCUCCCAUAUCUCGGAUAACAAGACCGGUGCCAGUGGCAAUGCAGCUGAGGAGGAGGCUUAUAGUCCUGGCGGUCGCCCUGUCAUCACUGUCCCGUCGAACGGAUCAGCAAAGCCUUCAGUCACCAUACCGCCACCACAAGACCCAGAACGUCAUCUCUAUCCUACUGGAUUGUUAUCCCCAAGUAUCAAUGCGCCGAUGGUCCUAGAAGACUAUGCAAUGGCACAGCCGCCCUCCCCUGGGGCCAAUGCGCCCAUUAUGAUAGAACCGGCGACAUCUCAUGCUUCACCUAGCCAACCUUCUAUAGGACAAAGACCACCCGUUGCGCCUAUCAAAUUUGAACCUCCCCGUCCCGCGUACACCCCAUUUCGAUAUAGUGCUGCUACACAGGACGCACCGACAAAGCCAACUCAGCCAGCGGAUCAAGCAUACUCAAGCUUGCGACACUCGAUGGCAGAGUCUGGUCGACUUAUGACUCAAGAGGCAUCACUGAAGCCCCCAAGGCCUUCUUCGGCCACCGGCAGGAAAGAGCAAGACGAAGCUUUCAUAGGUUUGAUCCGGAAUCAGAGCAUGGCUGUCAGGCAGAAGACCCCUGGACCGCCCAAUGCUCUCAGGCUGGGUGACAACGUAGUAAGGUCUGAAACUCCUGCGUCGAUUCGCGUAGGAACUCCUCCCAUAGCAAAGAUGGAGGAUCCUUUCAAGCGGGCCGUGGUGUCAUUGCGAGCUUUACUACCCGAAGAAAAUUUCGCCAAGCUCAGUGUGCAUUCUAGUGUACAAGACCUGAAGACAAAGAUCGAGGCCGUGCCUGAUAAAUUUACCUUCAUCCACGAGACUGUCGUCAAAUGGGACCGAACAAACCGCGAGGUGCGAAGACAACAAGAUGCCGAGCGAAGGGCUCGGCAAGAAGAGUCAGAAGCGCACAUUGAUGCCCUAUUCAACGACAAUGAGAUUGGCUAUGCUGAUAUAGGGGAUUUGGAGGCCGAGUUCAAACUUGCUGAAGCCGAGCGACGCUAUCGCGAAAAUCAAGAAGAGCUCGAGUCCUUUACAGCUCAGGUCUACACCCCCGUGACUGAAAGGCUUCGAAAAGAAAUUCAAGAGUUGAGCCAGGCGUAUGCGACAGCAAUGGACCUCUUGGCUGGAAACAGUGAGCCGGCCAGUCAGUGUUUCAAAGCGCGAGGCGGGAAAGCAAAGAUGGCCGAGGUUAUGGCUUGUGUUCUCACUCUCUUCAACAAAAUUGAGAUUAGGCAUCGCAAAAUGGCCGAAGCAGACGUGGAACGGGAAAGACGACGCAAACACUUGGAGCUCACCGUUCUCUAUACAAAUAACGACAAAGACGGUAUGAAGAAGCUGGAGCAAGAAUUCGCCGCUGCAGAAAAGGCUCAAGUAUUACACGAAGCUCGAGCCAAGGACGACAGAGCGAACAAGCUGAUGGACGCAUUCGAUCGAGCCACCGUCCGCGGACUAGGAGACAACCAAACGUUCAUUGAUGAUGUCCUCGUCAAGGUACAAAAUCUCAAGCAGGAGAUUGCUCCCGGUGGACAGGCGGUCAAAGAGAAGCUCUACGAACCAUCUGGAGCUCGCGACACAUUGUCAUUGAUCCAAGACGCCGUGGAUCUUAUCAUGACUGACUCACGCAAACUACUGGCAUUAUCGAACGAAGCGGAUGUGCUCUUGAACGACGCAGAUUUUGGAGUUUCUGUUGCAGAGGCCAGCGUCAGCAACGCCGGAAAGGAAACAUAUGCGAGCCUCGAAAACGAAAAGGCCAAAGAAGAUGGUAAGUUGGUGGAAGAAGUGAACAGUCGCAUUGCCAGCGUGGUAAGAGGACCACAACAUGCUCUCGACAUCCUUCACGGAAUGAUUGAUGAACUUGGGGAUGACCCAGAGCAUCAAGAUCGGAUCAAAAAGGCUCUAGAGGCAGCCAAGCAGCGCAACGCCCUGAACGACCCAUCACGAACAUGAGUUUGACUCCCCCACCCGGGGCAAUUUAGCCAUUUAUAUCCGUGUCUAACCUAUCUAUAUACUGUCUACUAUCUUGGAAAGACAACUUGCAGCAUAUAUAAUAACGAGCGAUUUCACAUGAAUACAGUUCCUGGUACUAAGAUCAGGCGAGCGUGGAAGUCACGGAAGAGAUCUGAAAGUUGAGGCGCAGGCGGCUCUGGGCCGCACGUUAUCAUGAUACAGUAAAAUAGUGUUUUUGAUGGUGCUGCAUUUCCUGCUGCAAACCCUGCAGCCCGUUCAAGGAUGUUCCUGGCAGACCUCGCGGAGAGGGGGGAUUGUUUUCCGCCACGGCGUGGCGUAGUUGGACCAUAAUUCAGGUUUUGGCGACAUGUUUCAAAACGUCAUUCGAGCGAUUCAGAGCCAUGAUUUGUCGAGACGAGCGAACCUCCACCAUCCCAGAGAGUUUCGCAUGACACGCUGCAAAAUGCACGGAGUACGGGUACGAGUACGGAGGCAUAUGUACUGUACUGUACAGUUAAUCCACCGAACUAAGACCAGGCUAUGGUCGUACAGUCUGAGACACUGUGAGGGACUCGAAUUUGAGAGAGCGUAGUAGGUCGCUACACUUAACGAGGCUUGUUUAGACGGUGGCAGAAGGUCUCAGGAGCCCCACGGGCGGCGCAAGUCAAAAGGCUGACGUCGACCUGGGUCCUCGACAGCCUCAUCUCUUCAAUUGACCUGAACAAAAAAUUGAUUCAGGCACUUUUCUGCUGCCAUCGACGAAUGACACACUGCGACGGGCUAACGGAACGUUCGUGACAUGCAUCUUUGUUGGACGGAUCCUGAUUGCCAUCCACACGUGACGUCGUCAAGGCUCUUGAUCCUGUUGAGAAGGGGAGGGAGGCAUUAGUGUGAGGCAUGAGUGACGAACACAACGAAUGGGUCAUGCAGGUUGUCAGAGACACGACCAAAUAAGUCUUCGGCUAGGAGGGUGCUGUAGAUCAGAGAAAUGGACGAGAGAUCGGGAUAUUCGUGAGACAGGUGGAUUGGCGAUUGAAGAGACCAGGGGCAAAAAAACCAUUAUUGGGGAGAAGCAUGUCAGCCACAAGGGAACCAAGGAGGCGAAGAUGCCAGGGUCGUUGGUGUUGUUGGACGAUGGCCGGGGUAUGAGUCUUUUGUUCGUACGGGGCUGAAAUGACCCGUUCCUCUCCGGGCGCCUGUUGGACGGGAUGAGGGCAGGUGGUGGCUUGUGAAGGACGAAACGCCACACGACCGACAGUUAUGUUGAAAGUGUAGAUGAAGUGACCCAAAAGAGAAGGGGGAUUGACGAAUUCGGCCGAUCUAAAUUCAGAUGGCAAAAAACAACAUCCAAGGGUCGAAGUGACGUACGAAAGCGCGCUAUACGGAGCAAUAACUUUGGGCGGUGAUGAGAAUCUGGAUCGCGCUGGGCGCUAGUCAAUGUGUACCAGCCACCGAUGACACUGGAUGAGGAUCGAGAAAACGAGAUGAGGGGGAAAGAAUACGAUGGUGAUGAAUAUGAUGAGCAGAUGAUGAUGAUGAUGAUGGCUACAGAGUACUAAACUAGACAUACGGAGUCAAGCUUGGAGAGAUACUGUUACGACAAGACUGUACUUGUAGAAGUGGAAAUUCUGUAGGUGAGUAUGUACAGUAUAGAGCGAUCUCAGAUCUGGGGUACUGUACCUAGUAGGUAGGUACAAUAGGUACUGUAUG